AUGCCCGCCUCGUUCGACGACGACGACAAGGCCAAGCACGGUCCGGCAAGCGGCGCCGCCACCAACGCAGCCGGCCUCCGCCUCGACAACUACGACCGCACCUCGACGCACCCCGCGCUGCCCCUCGACGACGCCGACGCCGCCAUGCUCGACGGAUUGUCGCCCGAGGAGGUCGCACGCGAGGAGAAGCGCCUCGUGCGCAAGGUCGACAUGCGCCUCGUCCCCGCCGUCUGGAUCAUGUACCUGUUUAGCUACCUCGACCGAUCCAACAUCGGCAACGCCUAUACGGCGGGAAUGGGACGCGACCUCAACAUGUCGUCGACGCACUACUCGGUCGUGCUCCUCGUCUUCUUCAUCACCUACGUCCUCAUGGAGGUGCCCAGCAACAUGGUCCUCACCCGCGUCCGCCCCAGCCUCUACCUGCCCGCCCUCAUGUUUGUCUGGGGCGGCCUCUCGAUCUGCUUUGCCGCCGCACGCAGCUGGCAGGUCAUCGCCGUCCUCCGCGUCCUCCUCGGCGCCAUCGAGGCCGGAUUCGCACCCGGCGUCCUCUUCCUCCUCUCGUCGUGGUACACCAAGGGCGAGCUCGCACGCAGAUACGCCCUCUACUACUCGGCCGUCGCCAUCUCGGGCAUGCUCGGCGGCCUCAUCGCCGGAGGGCUCCUCCAGCAGCUCGACGGCGCUCGCGGACUCGCGGGGUGGAAGUGGCUGUUUGUGUGCGAGGGCAGCGCCACCUGCUUCGUAGCGUUGGCCACCAUCUUCGUGCUCCCGGACUUCCCCACGACGACCAAGUGGCUGACGCCGCGGGAGCGCAUGAUUGCCACCCGCCGGCUUCAGCGCGACGGCGUCGGCAGCGCCCAGGGCGGCGAAGACGUCUCGCACACCAAGGCGGCCAAGAUGGCCUUCACCGACUGGCGCACCUGGGCCUUUGUCCUCACCUACAUGUGCACCACGGGCAGCCAGACGAUCCAGUACUUCAUCCCCGAGCUCGUCAAGUCGAUGGGCUACACGGGCUUCCACGUCCAGUACAUGACUGCGCCCAUCUACGCGUGCGCGCUGGUGGCGAUCCUGGGCUUCUGCUUCUCGUCGGACCUGCUCAAGGAGCGCGCGUGGCACCUCUUCACCGCGUCGGUCAUCGCCGUCGCCUCGUUUGCCAUCAUGCUGGGCGUGCUCGACCAGACGGGCCGGUACGUGCUGCUAUGCUUUGGCGUCGCCGCCGUCUACGCCGCCUGCCCGCUCGUCAGCAUCUACGUCUCCAACGCCAUCCCGCACCCCUCCGAGAAGCGCGCCGUCGCCCAGGCCCUCGUCAACGCCCUCGGAAACAGCGCCAGCAUCUACGGAUCCUUCCUCUUUCCCAAGAACGCCACCGACCACAACAGGAUGGGCUUCGCCGUCACCAUGGCCUUCAUGUGCAUCGCUGCCGGCAUGGCCCUCGUCCUCAAGUACCUCCUCAACAGGUACCCGUACCCCGAGAUCGAGCAGGCCAGCGCCGCCCGGGGCGAGGAUGCCUACCGCCACGGCGAGACGGCCAGCUACGAGCACAAGGCCUGA